AUGAUUGGAUUUGUGGAGUUAUUGCCGGCCAAAUGGCAGCCUCGGUGGGAUGAAAUCCAGGCAGCAUCUGGGCGGGAUUUGGAGGAAUUAGUGAGACUGAAUAAGAAAGACUGCGAAAAGGAUCUCUCAAAGCUGGAACAGAAGUUUAAAGACCAAGUGCAUGAUCCAGAACUCGAGCCAUUACUAUCAGUUAUUGAAGGAUUGAUGCGUUUUCUGCCAUCUGGCCGCAUUACUACAGAUGAGGCGCUUCAGAUGCUGGACAGCUAUCAAGGAACCAUACAUCUUGAAUAA